GGUUGUGUACGCUACUGAUGUUGCUGUGUCAGUUUAUUGUUUUUGUGUUCGUUAAUGGACAAAUAUUAUACAACAUCGGGGUAGCAGAAAGUGAUAAUAUUUCGAUAUGGAAAAUUAAUAAAAGAAACGUUUCUGACGACGUUGAUAAAACGACAAGUGUAGAGGUACCAACGCGAGACGUCACAGUCGGACAGACACGUAACGAAACUCAGUCGCAAACUGUGAACUUGGCGCCGGGAUCAACGCACCUGACUUCAAGGGCCGUGAAAAGUAAUAAUCAUACGGAAAUAAGAGAUUCGCAUAGAUCUGGCGGUUCGAAUAGAAUCGAAUUACCAGCACUGUGGAAAGAAGUCUGCACACUAUAUGACGGAGAUUUUAUUGAAUCUUACUUCACUUUUCCGUUAAUAACUAUUAACUGAGCAGUAACACAUUUGUUUUCUGGAAAUUGACCGAUUUAAUGAUUGAUAGAUUCAACGACACCGUCUUUGGUCUAGUCAUAAAUUGCGAGCCAAUGAGCGUAAUACCAAUGCCAUCGCCAAUGAAGGCAUCGCGAUUGUACAAGAUGAACAUCACGAACUGUGUGAUUGAGGACUACUAUACAGAAUACAAUAGUCCAGUGAUCAAUGAAAUUCCUGACACGCUAGGUAUUCGGAAAUUCGGAACAAUGUAAUAACGAUAUACGUUGCUGAGUACAAACACAUAGCCUUAAACGUUCGAAAUAUGAGCAAAGAGUUCGACUUCUUUCACGAAGACACAAUCGAAUAUAUCUCAGACGGAUACAACUCAUACGAUUUCAUAGCAGACGCUGACGAAAACAUGAUGCCGUCGCUUAACGAUGUAGGUCAGACUUUAGUGCUGGAAACUCAAUAUAUGAACCACAUUUGCGCCUUCAAAAGACUGCUUAAGUUUGACGAAGGACGGAGUUACAGCCGCUCCAUCUACCAUAUGGAAUUGCUUACGGGUAAUACGAUGUUUAUGGAACUCCGAGAGUAUAACUUAUCAUACAACUAUAUCAAUGUUCUUCAAGAUCAACACCUGAAGUGGUCUAUGAAAUUUCCAAAAUUGGAACUCCUCGACCUCUCUCAUAACAAGAUCUCAAAGUUGGACAUGUUUCAGAAACCUUUGCAUAAUAGGCUUGAUCAGCUGACAACGAUAAAUCUGCAAUACAAUAACAUCACGACAUUUACCGUGGAGGAUCUCGACAUAUUCAAGGAUAUGCCAAUGUUGCUAAUUGAUAUCAGGAAUAACCUGAUAAGCUACAGAGAGUUCCUCAGAUACAUCAAAGAGGGGCGCCAUGUUAGCAUAUCCAACCUGACGGACUAUUCUUAUAUCGGUCGACUCAAGUGCGAUAACCCUUCCAAAUUGCUGGGCCGAGAUUUAAUGACCUUGACUGAGGAAGAGGUAUGUGUACCGGAAGUGGAAUACUUUGUUGGUCCUGCGAUCGCGCUCAGCGUUUCUGUUAUUAUCAGCAGCAUUAUUCUGAUUGUGAUUUUGAAAUACCGGCAAGAGAUCACUAUCAUAUUGUUCACGAGGUUUAACAUUAUUGUGUCAUGUAUGACAAGAGCAAAUUUCGACUCCACCAAGAAAUAUGACGCCUUUGUCAGCUACAGCAGCAAUGAGGAAGAACAUGUGGAGAAACUUUUUGAAGAUCUUGAAUUAACUACGGACGAUAAACCCAACGCAAUUAAAUUUAAAUUUUGUCUGCAUCACAGAGACUUUGUGCCAGGGAAAACAAUUUUUGACAAUGUUUCUAAAGGUGUCGAAUCCAGCCGACACACAAUUAUAUUACUUUCAAACCACUUUCUGAAAAGUCAAUAUUGUCUAUAUGAAUUUCAAGAAGCAUUUAGGCAAAGCAUCAUGGAAAAUAAGCACCAUCUUAUAAUUGUCAUGAUGGAGGACAUACCGGAAGACAGCCUCCCUCGAGAUCUUAAAAGGUGCAUAAAUACUUUUACCUACAUCAGACGUGAUGAUUACUUAUUUACAGAAAGGCGUAUUUAAGCACUUUCCCAUCGUCGGAUACCCACGGCUGCUGAUAACGCUACGCUUAUUUAUGAAUGGAGAGUUACGUAAUGAAUAGACCGGGGGGUUUGUCCUACGAUGGCACUUUCCGUGAAACAAAAAGAAAAGACUGUUUAACCGAAAACAGUAGCAAAUAUUGAAGCUACUGAGGAGAAAAAGGACAGUGAGAGAAAGUUUUCAGGUUUUUUUAAUUCGCGUAAAAAAUCGGUAACCGCUCGUGAAACAGAUAUAAAGAAGGAUAACACACUUGACAUACGAAAAGACAAUUCUUUUACACGUAAAGUUGAGCCACAUAUCAACGGAGUAUAUGAACGAGUUGAACGAGACAGUUAAAAUAAUUAAAAAUGAAAAUGCGAACCCGAAGGUUUCUCAAGUGGUGAGUCAACUUACAGGAAAACUAGAUAUAAACAUUCCGACACAUUCAAACGAACAUUGCGUCGUUAAAAAGAAAAUAAGUAACCUAGAUUGUGACUAUGGAAGAAGUUUUGUCGUCUGAUACCGGAUACGGAAGUGCAUACAAUUCUCCUGAAUUACGUGGUGACAUAGCAACUUUUCCCGUAGAAUCGGUCGCUUAAAUCUGGGGAAUAGAGUGUCUAUGAUAUUGUGUUGUUUAUAUGUGCUUUAGAAUAUAAAAUAUGUAUUUAUGUUUAUAUGUGCUUUAGAAUAUUAACAGUAUUGUUAUUUUGGAUUUUAAACGGUUUUGUGGAUGAGUGAUUCAAUUAAUGUUAGUACAUAGUUCACAUUAAUCGUAUUGUUAAAACGAUUUAAGAGUGUUCAUGUUUUGGUCUGAUUAUAUUAUUGGUUAAACGGAAGCCUGAUUGUCAAAAAAUAUACAUAGUUAAAGGGUUUUUCAUGGCAGUUUAUGGUAGUUAAUUUUAGUGAACUAACUUGUUAUGCCCCUCAAUUAAUAAAUACUCAUUUUAUAACAAUUUUAACCGUUAUAAGAUAUAAAGUAUCUGACACGAGUGUUUUUUAAUUUUUCUUUUGUUAAACCAGUUCAGAAAUUUUGUCAAUAAGAGAUCACAUGGCAAGCGUACUAACACAUUUUUUCUACAAGUUUAAUAAAUCAUGGUGUAAUGUGAUAACGCGUGUCAGAUCUCGUUUGUCAUAUGCUUUAAAUAAGCACAAAGCCACAAAUAAAUAAUAAAACCGGAAAUUGGUUACAUCCCUGGUAAUCAUUCUGCAAUGCCAUUUCAGAAAAAUAAGGCAAGGCGAUUGGUCGGUAAAACGAAAUGUAGCCGAUGACAACAAUAAAGGCUUCAUCACAAUAGUGUCAAAUAAACAUAUACGUAAUGAUUAUAUUGUACUGAAAACAGAGUUUUUAAUGAGAUAAAAGUAAAUAUGUGUACGUUUAUAAAUUAUUACUUCACCAUUUUUAACUGUCAAUGAAAAGUACAAAUAAUUCAAAGACAUGCUUUGGUAAAAUUUCAACUCAGCGUAUUAAAUGCAAACAAAAAAGUUAUAAAAUAUUAAAGGUCUCAUGAUAAUAAACAAAAUUAAAGCCAUACUAUUUUAGUUGUACAUAAUAAGAAUCAUUUACGGUGUUAAGUUCACAAAGUUCUACAGAUUGUUGUUAAAUGUCGUCUGCUGUAUGGUAAUAUGUA